AUGGGUGAGAUAGCACAAAAGGUCCUGGAUUGGAAGAGUCUUGAUCUUGAGGAAGCAGCGCAAAAGCACAAGGCUGUCAUCUAUGCCCUUCGUUCCUAUAAGGAAUGGGAUGCUACGCCUCAAGCAAAAGCAAUUUCGGACUUUCCUCUCUCACUCCGCCUGAUCGCGGAGUCUGCAGCUAGAUUGUCUCCCAGCAUUCAGACCAACGGCGACCGAUGUCUUCGUGGUCUACGAGUCCUUGAAAUUAGUCGUGUGAUCGCAGCACCAGUAGCUGGUCGAACCCUUGCUGCUCAUGGCGCGGACGUACUCUGGGUGACGUCUCCCAAUCUACCCGCCUUACCAGGCAUCGAUAUAGACGUCAGUCGUGGAAAACGUACCAUCCAGCUCGACCUCGACAACGAAGAGGAUCGCAAUACUAUGAAGCGGCUGGCUCAAGAAGCAGACGUGUUCAUCCAGAGUUAUCGGCCAGGUGCAUUGGCCAACAAAGGCUUCAGUCCCGAAGAUCUGACGGCAAUGUGUCCUAAUGGCAUUAUUUAUGCGAACUUGAGUGCGUGGGGUGUCAAAGGACCUUGGGCUGGUGAGCGCGGGUUUGAUAGUAUGGUGCAGACRGUCUCUGGACUCAACGUCAAUGAAGCAGCGCACUUUGGAGAGGGUGCAGCUGCUCGCCCAUUGCCUGUACAGGCUCUCGAUCACGCUGCUGGGUAUUUACUGGCCACCGGCAUUCUCGCGGCGGUGUAUAAACAGACUCAACUGGGCGGUAGCUGGGAGGUCAAUGUAAGUUUGGYGGGUGUUGGAAAGUACUUGAGGAGUCUAGGACAGAUUCCUGGCAAGCAGGGAUUCGAGUGCGAAAUUCCCAACAUCUCUGAGCAUGCCAAAGCAUAUCUAGAAGAGAGGGAGUGUGGUUUUGGACUCCUGAAAGCCGUCAGACAUGCAGCCAAUGUCGACGGCAAGACUCCAGGCUGGGAUCACAUGCCAAAGAAGCUUGGAAGCGACAAAGCUGAGUGGCUCGAACAAUCGCAACGAGCGGUGUCAUAA